AGCGCAUGCGCUAUAGUGAGUGGCCCUGUUAUUAUUUAUGUGGGGUCCAAGAUGGCAGCGGCACGUAGAGAGGUGCUGGCGGCGGCUGCAGCACUUGGGAAACAAUUAUAAGGGAGCCGUCACCAGUGGAACGCAAGUUUGCGCCGGAUACGGAGACUGUGAAUAAAGGAAAAGAGCACGCGGGAGACGCGAGGAUUUUCUAGAGGCAGCUGUGUGUGUGAGAGAGGAAAGAAUGGCGGAGCCGCGUAGGGUUCCGUUUGUAAGUCUGUCACCCAUGAAGCCACGCGAGACCGGCCCAGUCUUGACUGUGGAACAGCAGCACCAGCGAACUCCACCUCCACUGCAGCCGCCGGCACAAAGGCCACCACAGCCCAGGGCCUCACACCAAGCCAUGUUACAGCAGAGGCCUCCUCCGCAAGCGCUUGAGCAGCGGCUACAACGUGAGCCCUCGACUCCUGCCCUAGAGGCUGACAUCGGUCAGGCGCUCCCCAAACCCCUCGGGGAUGACAGUCACGAACUUCCGGGGACUGUGCGGCUGGAGUUGGCACUAACUGACCCCACGGAGGAGGGCUGUGCGGAAUUCAGUUACCCCAAACUGCUGCAGAACGAGCAGAAGGCAGGACGCGCACGGAUCCCGGUUCCGGCCAAGGAAGUCGCUGGACAGUCAAAGCCUCCGCCAACGCAUGAUCCAUUUAAUGACGACGAGCGAGAGAGGCUCGAAGUAGAAAAUAUGGCUAAGAAGUUUGAAGCCAAAUAUGGUGUUAAAAGUCACCGUCAUCGUAAAGACCGCAUGGAAGAUCUGAUUGAUAUUGGUUAUGGCUAUGAUGAGACAGACCCCUUUAUUGACAACUCUGAGGCAUAUGAUGAAUUGGUGCCAGCUUCAUUGAAUACAAAAUAUGGAGGAUUUUAUAUCAACACAGGAACACUGCAGUUUAGGCAGGCUUCAGAUUCCGAGAAUGAAGACUUUGUUGUGAAAAAGAAGCACAAAUCAUCAAAAGUAUCAAAAAUUAAAGACGAUGAGCGAUCCUUGAAGAAACGAAAGCGGAAAGAGGAGAAUACAGAGAAAGAAAAGCCGAAGAAAAUUAAAGCUGCUAAACAGAUAGGUGUCAUGGCCUUCAAUUCCCACAAACCUGACAAGAAAAAGAAAAAACUUUAUAAAGACUCUUUGGCCCUUGCUGCCAUGCUGAGAAAAUUUCAAAAAGAGAAAGAUGGCAUACAUAAAAAAGCAAACAAACAGAAUCCCCCGACUGUAACUGUGGUUAAUGCUGCUCCUAAAUCAGUCUCUGCUGCUUCAACUGAUUUGUCUGACCUUGGACUUGGCAACGAUCCAGUUCUUGCCAUCUUUGGAAGUGAGAGGGAGCUCAUGCAGGAAGCAGAGAGCGCUCUGGAGAUGCUAAGUGACUUUGAUUUUGAUAAGCUUUUGGAUUCUGCAUCUAAUGACAGCCCAGCAGGUUCUGACCUUGGAGAGAAUGGUAGCAUUGGGCAAUCUGUAAACCCUCCUGAGGUGCAGCUACCAAAACAAGUGCCACCUCUUCCUGAAGGACUUCCAGUUCCAUUGGAAAAACGUAUUGCUGAUUUACGAGUGGCUGCAAAAAUCUUUGAUGAAGGAGGACGCAAGAAAUUUUUCACUCAAGAGAUUAAUAACAUAUUGUUAGAUAUUGAACUGCAGUUACAAGAACUAAGUCCAGGCAACAGGAAUGGUGUAUAUGGACAUAUAGAGACGUUUGUGCCAUGUAGUAAAGACGCCCUUGUCAAGCGCUUGAAAAAACUUCAUCUUCAUAUACAGGACGAUCUUUUAAAAGUGCCUCUUCAAAGGCUGAAACUGGCUAUUAACAAUGUUAUGCCUGGUCAGAUAAACCGAUAUCAAGAGGACUGCCAAGCACAUAAUCAGGCCAAAAAUGCAAAGCACCAAGCUGAAGAUGAUAAGGAUCGAAACCCAUCAGAAGAGGAUGAUGAAGAGAAACCUGGUAAAAGAGUAAUGGGACCAAGAAAAAAGUUUUGCUGGGAUGAUGCUUUAAGAGAAUUGCUCUGUAAUCUUGUAAGAAUUAAGCUUGGAUGUUAUGAACUUGAGCCCAAUAAAAGCAUUUCUGCAGAGGAUUAUCUAAAAACUUUCAUGGAGACAGAAGUGAAACCAUUAUGGCCCAAAGGCUGGAUGCAGUCUAGGAUGCUGUUUAAAGAAAGCCGCAAAGUACACAAUCAUCUUACUUCUGCACCUGCCAAGAAAAAAGUUAUCCUGGCCCCUAAACCCAAAGUCAAGGAAUCUAGUCCAAAAAAGGAGCAAAAGACCUCCACUCCUAUCUCUUCCUUUGCGCGUGUCCCUACUCCUCACACACUUACUCCAGUUGUUGGACUUUCCAACUCCAACUGUACCCCCACCUCAGAGACCAUUUGUCUGGAUGACUCUUUGGAUGAAGAUCUUUCUUUAAAGCCACCUUCAUUAGAUUCUAUCUCAGAUGCAUUGGCUGUUCUAAAUAAUGGAGCUAGUGCCCCUUCAUCAAGCUCCUGCAUUGAAACACCCACCUCAAGGCCCAAAGUUGCCUUAAGAGAAGAGAAACUUGCUUCUAUCAUGAGCAAGUUGCCAUUAGGUGGUACUAAAAAAGCUGAUCAACCUUCACACGCAUCUAGUCUAAUUGCAGGCCAUUCAGCCCCUGUACCAAAGAAACCCCAGGAUCUAGCAGCAGCCCAUUCCACGGUGAUUUCUGGGCUUAUUGCAGGGUCUUCCAUUCAAAACCCCAAAGUAUCUUUGGAACCACUACCAGCUAAGUUACUUCAACAAGGAAUGCAGAGGUCUCUGCAAGCUGAAGUUUCUUCAUCUACACCUGUAAAAGUGAAGGCUUCAUCUGCAGCUGUGGCCAAAGCAGUGUGUUCUUCGUCAUCUACCCCUUCAACAUCUGUAAUUUCAUCUUCACAGGCUCAUGUUUCUUCCUCAUCUUCACAAGUCCAGAAUGUUGCCUCCAUGCAAAUAGUAAAAGUUAAUCAGCAAUCUCCGAUUCAACAAAACUAUGUUACACCCUUACAAGCAACUAUCAGCAAGUCGCACACUAACCCAGUUGUACGACUAACCAGCAGUCCUCAGAUAUCUUCCACUUCUCCUGUUAUAAAGAUCCCUGAAAAAAACACUGGCUAUCGACCUCCCUCUUCCCCCUCCUCUAGCAACCAGCAAGCACCCGGUCCUCGUACAAUACCCUUGUCUACCUCAAGUAAUUUUUUGGUGAAAAAUAUGGGUGUCCAAGGAUCUGCAUCUGGGUUUAAGUCCCCUUACACUAUUGCACCAUCUUGUAAGCCCACCACUAGUUCUUCCAGUUCUGUUGUCAUUGUUUCCCAGAGUACUACGCAUCACAAGGUGCCAGGUGGACUUAAUAUUGGGCGUUCUUCACCCACAGUAAGUCCGAUGCCUGCUGGUAGAGGUACAGUAACAACACACCUGAUAAAGAGUCCAACUGUUCCAUCUAAGUUUCCAAACGCUUCUCCCAAACCAAACUCCCCAUCUCCCAGACAACCUAGCCCUUCCUCAAAAAUGCCUGCCCAGCCCCUGAAAAUACCUAUUGCUUUACCAAAAAUGCAAAGCCCUUCACCCAAACAACCCAACCAGUCUCCAAAGCAUUUAUUUCCAUCUACAAAACCACUUAAUGCUACACCACCUGGAACUGUUAAGAGUAUGCCCCCUGGUACUGUUAAGAUUACGCCACCUGGAACUGUUAAGAUUACGCCACCUGGAACUGUUAAGAUUACGCCACCUGGAACUGUUAAGAUUAUGCCACCUGGAACUGUUAAGACUACGCCACCUGGAACUGUUAAGACUACUCCGCCUGGAACUGUUAAGACUACAGUGGCUAAUGCUGUCUUGAAUAUUCCUAACAGCAGAAUAAUUUCUAAUUCAAGCUCUAUAAACAGGACUAACCUUACUCCUGGUGCAGGUAAUGGAACUCUGGGUGCUACCAAACAGCCAACGCCUCAUAGACAACCAUCUGCCUCAGGGUCUCCAGUUGCAGCUGCCACUGUGCAGUCUGCAGCAGCUGCCUCUAUUCUUGCAAAUGCGUCACCUCUGACCCUUAUGACAUCACCGCUCUCUGUAACAAAUCCAAGUGUGACGACUGCUUCGCUUGGCCCGUUUGGAAUGCUUGGCGGUUUGGUUCCAGUCACCAUGCCAUUCCAGUUUCCCUUGGAGCUGCUCAGUUUUGGAAGCGACACCCCUGGUGUGGUAACAUCUCCAGGUUCGACCUCUGCAGCUUUCCAUCACAACCUCACUCAAAAUUUACUAAAAGGCUUACAGACCACCUCUCCACACACACCCACGAUAUCUCACUCCAGUUUGCCUCCUCACUUGCAACAACAGUUCACAGAUGGGGGUCAAAAUAAAGGAGACGCAAAACUACCACGUAAAAAUCGGUGACAGCUAAGAAAGUGAAAGAAGAGAUCAAAGGUUUAUGUUUUUCUGAUUGGCCAGGAGCUGCCAUAUCAGAAAGUGCUUUUCCAGCAGCACAAGCUGCCAUGUGCGGUCUAUGUUUACAUUAAUCUUAUCCCAAGCACUGUGCAGAGCAGAAGAAUUACUUGAUCAAAAAGAAGACUGGAUAAAGACUGGGCUGUGCAUGACUGGCUAUAAGACUGUGCUACAAAUCUACAAAAGGUUUUUUUAUGAUGCACAAAAUGAUGGAAGCAUACUACCCCCUCCCUAAUACAUUGAAAUAGAUUCUUAUUUUUGUUGCUGAUCAUAAAGACCGUGCAAUCAUUGUUCAGAAGUUUGCAUUCCAUUUUAUUUUAUGGAACGGAUUACAGCACAAGCUUAACAAUGUUCAAUUACAAAAAAAACAAAAAACGUGAACAUGUUGUCCCCAUCCCUCUUUUAAAAUAUCAGGUAUUGAUGAAAUGGAGCAAAAUGAGGAGUGGAAACUUAUUUUUUUUCAAUAAUACAUGUGAUCAUUAGAGAAAGUAAUUCUAUCUAUAAUUGCGCCCACCCUUGUCUGUCUUUAGUUCUUGCCAUAAUAGAUAGCUAUAUCCAAAUCAUCCAAAAAUCAUAUUUUUCAAAAGUAGCUUUUUAAAAAAUAUUAGAAUAUUACUUUGCAAAUCGUGUUUUAGUGUGGGCAUUUUAUCUCCCUGUCUUGAGCAGGUAAUUUAUUAAUUCAUCCAUAGGUUGAAGCAAGUGCUGCAUCGGCAGUAAAGUUAAAUUUAUAUGUUCGCAUUGAAAUGACCAAGCUGAAAUUUCCAGUUAAACAACAGUGAAAGAAUUAUUGUAACCCUACAAGAGGAAAUUUAGGAAAAGAGAGGACUGAAAUGGUGGAUACCCUCUACAAUUAAACAUAGGUUUUAACAUAGGUUUAUUUUGCUGUUACUAACUAUCGAAUAACAAAGGUUUAAUUGGGUUUUUUUCACUGCCGAAAUUCUUGGAAAAAGAAAAAACUUAAAGCAAUGUUUCAAUGCAAGUUACAUUCUUUCAGAUAUGUUAUUUUACAGUGUUCAGUUAAAGGGAGGAUGUUGAGGAAAGUGGCCUCUGCCAAAGCAGCAGGCAAAAUCAUGUAAACUUCUACUGGGCUUCAGACUGGUGCUUGGAAGGUCCUCAAGUCUCAAAAAUGCUCUGCAGUGUUACUUGAGAUUCAUCAGCUGCACUUGGAUUUUUGCUGGAUUUAUCACUGGUAAUUAAAUAUCCCAAAGGGACAUUCAGUAAUGCUUGCAUAAUUCUACUUUUGACGGAUUUAUGUGAAACUGACAUUCCGGACAAGAACAAUGGAGCACAUAAGACCUCUAAGUUGGACCUCCUCUAUGAACUCUUUUAGAUUUAAAGGUUCGCUCUCUCCGUUGCCUUGCUUAUUUGACUUAGAGCCUUGGUUCAUCCGAAAUUUAGUUAUUUUGAAAGAGCAUUUAUCUGGCCACCCCCUUUCCUUAAUUUUGUUUUGCUACCAAAAAGCAAUAAUUCUGUCUUACUUAAUAGCAGAUGAUAGUAUUUAUUUGUGUAGACUCAUUAUCAUUGCUGAACAUUCUCUGUUAUUGUAUCAAGAUGGCAUUGCAGUGGGUUUGGUUUUCCUGCAUCUCUUAUAGCCAGUCAAGUUGAACACAGUUACAAACACAUCUAGCAAGAGUAACUGCUAUGAGCCAGUUCUCCUGCUUGGAGGGCAAUAAAGGGAUGGACUGUUUUAUAUAUAAAUAUAUAUUUAACCACCACAAUUAACACAAGAAGACCUGUAUUUCAGCUGGCUAUUGGAGAAAUGCAGUGUGUAGUUUUGGACUUUGGGGUAGAAAGUGGUCCUUGUUGCUGCUAUAAGUCUGACCUUUGCAGAAAAAGCUUCAAAAUAGUUUACAGUUGUUUCACUUCACACGUCCUGUUAACAGUUGAACUGAAUCGAAUAACCCAUUAACUUGAGUUAGAUCAUCAUCCUCUUGGAAGAGUCAUUUAGUCACAACCAUUUUAUGUACAAUUUUGUUCAGGGAUUUUUGCGGGUCUAAUUUCCUAAUGGAUUGCUAGAAAUGGAUACAAGUGGUAAUUCGUUUUUGACUUUCACCAGACCUAGAAAUUAAUAGGAUGCUGCUUUACGCAAGACCGGAAGUAACUGUAAGAAUAAUAUAGAACUGUUGGGGAAAGUUUCAAUUAGAAUCUUGGGUCUGUGUCAUUGACACAGCUCUCACUAUUCCAUAAUGCAAAUGUUGUACUACUUUGUUUUAGUCUCCAUCUACCCUUUGAAAUUACAGAUCACUAUUUAAGUGCCUUUUAUUUCUUGUUCUUUAGUUUAAAUUCUCAUAAUGGUGCCAGGUACUUUAUAACCCUGUCUACUCAGAGGAAAUUCGGCAUCGAUUUUUCAUUACCUGUCACCAACACUAGUGAAUCUUAUUCUGAAGAGGAUCCCAAAUAAAAUUGUGACAUUUUUACGUGCUUUUCAAUUGAUCCAGGUAGUCUCUAAAAAAAAUUUAAAAAAUGAGUGUUCUGUCUAUUAUGUAUAUGUGUCCGUAAGAGGUGCCUUUUCUGGCAGUAGGGAUAUCCACAACCCUGGCAAUCCCGACAGUAGAAUCCCGUUGAUUGUGGAAACGCAAAGAUUUUUUUUUUGAGUGGGGGGGGGUUAAGUGGGUGCAAUUUUUGGGGCAAGAGAAAUGUGCAGAAACUUAGUAUUUAAAUAUUAAAAACUAUUAAAACUA